GGGGCUAUGGAACCGGGCGGGGGAGGGGGGGUCUGGGCGGGGCCUGCGCACCCUCCUUUUCUUGGCGGCGGUCGGGUGUGCGGUCCCGGCCCCCGUAAUGUACGGAGGCAGACGGAAGGGGCCCCGGCCCCCUCGGCGUCAUGUCUUCGGUGCCCGCGGCUUCCGGUCCGCGGGUUCUAUCCUCAAGCGCCGGGACACCGGCUCCAAGCAGCCGGGCGGAACCGAGGUUCUGCAGACUCCUCCUCCCUGGGGUGCUCACACCUUCUCCUUUGAUUUCAGGUCUGGGGAGCCGCCCCUGGAGCCGGAGCUGUUGUGCCCCCGUCCUUUUAAAUUUCCCGUUUCAAACAAUAAAGGCCUUUCCUAACGUAGUAGGCUCCUGCGGGAGUGUAGGCGACAUUUCGCAGAAGGUUCUCUGGCCGACCUUCCCGGGAUCUCCAGAUGGCCGCGCUGCGCGCACCUUUCCACGUGACGACCCUGGCGGCUGGGGCGCGCCGCGCUUUGUUGGGCUCUCUGGCUGGUAGCUGCCUGGCUGACCGUCGCCUCUGGGAUAAGCUCCAUGGUGGUCCCCGAAGCGGCAGUGACCCCACGUUCGACUGGUUCUUUGGGUAUGAGGAAGCGCAGGGGUUCCUCCUGCCGCUGCUUCAGGAGGCCCCGGCCGCCUGUCCACUCCGGGUGUUGGACGUGGGCUGUGGAACCUCCAGCCUGUGUACAGGCCUCUACACCAAGUGUCCACAUCCCGUGGAUGUGCUGGGGGUGGACUUCUCUCCUGUGGCGGUGGCCCACAUGAACAGCCUCCUGGAAAGUGGCCAAGGCCAAACACGCCUGUAUCCUGGGCACCCUGCCUCUCGUCUGCAGUUCAUACAGGCUGAUGCCCAGAACCUGGGGUCAGUGGCUUCUUCCGGAUCCUUCCAGCUAGUGCUGGAUAAGGGCACCUGGGAUGCCGUGGCCCGAGGUGGUCUGCCUGGGGCUUACAGGCUUCUGUCAGAAUGCCUAAGGGUCCUAAGCCCCCAGGGCACCCUGAUUCAGUUCUCAGAUGAGGACCCUGAUGUCCGCCUGCCCUGCCUGGAGCAAGGGUCCCAAGGCUGGACUGUGACGGUGCAGGAGCUAGGCCCUUUCAGGGGCAUCCCGUACUUUGCUUACUUGGUUCAAGGCUCUCAUUAAAGACUUUAGUUCUAACUCCAAUUUUUCCAUUGGGUGAGGAGAGAGGUCAAUAGAAUUUUUUUCAUCUUUGGAUGACAGCUGAGAAGCGAGGAUCUGAAGCCUGGCCUCCGUUUCUGUGCCCCCCCCCCCCCUUACAUCUUGGCAAGGUAGGAACAAUAGGUGGAGUUGGGAUUACAUACAAUGUUAGGUGAUACAUUCAGUACUUAGCAAUGCCAGGCACAAGAUGUGUACUAAAUAGAAAAGGCACAAUGGAUCAUUCUCUAACCCCAGCUAACUGGAAUUCUUAAGGGCACGGAUAGAGGAGUUUGUGUUUGUUUUUGUUGUUUUUUUAAAAGAGGAGUUCUUAAUCCAUACCUCAGCAUUGACUGGAGUGAGCCCGUGGCCUAACCUCCAGGCCUCACUGUCCUCAACCUGUGAAAGGGGAAGACUGACAGGACAGUAGGAGGGCCUCCUAACAAACUUCACUGAAAUGUUAAGGGAGAACAGACACUUAACCCUCAAAGCUCCUGGGAAGCAGAUGUGAAUAUUCCACAAAGCAGCUUCCACAGACAUGGGAGCCUGUUGCUGGGUUCCAGAGAAGACCGGGAACGGAGGCUUCCUGAUACUCUGCAUCCUUGGGAAUCCAGGAGACCUCUUGUUCUACCGGUUCCUGCCCCCGGCUGAGCUCUGGGUUAAAGGUCCUCAAGGGAGAUGGGGGGUCCAGUGGGCUCCAAGUCCAGCCUGGGGGAGAGGGGAGUUGAAGAGCCCAUUAAAAGUGAACGGUAUUCCUAGGGGCACCUGGGUGGCUCGCUCAGUUAAGCAUCAAGUUAAGGGUCCUACUUCAGCUCAGGUCAUGGUUUUU